UUUGUCCUCGUCCCAGAGUGUCCCCCAGCGUCCUUCUUUCGGUGCGGAAAUUCAAAAUGGCGGUUGUUGGAGAGUGACGCAGUGUACGAUCGAAAUGGCGGGAAUUCCUUCUGCUGAGGUAGCUUCCCAGGUGCCGUUCUAUGAUUUGUGUUCCUUGUUGGAAAAGAUAGCAGUUACGUCAGGAACUGAAAAGAAGAAGAAGAUUUUGGCCACGUUCGUCAGUUCUUGGAGGGAUGCACACGGAAAACUCCAUGGGGCUUCCAAAACAACUGACUCAUUCCAUUCUGCUAUGCGGCUGUUGUUGCCUCAUUUGGACAAAGAAAGAGGUGCUUAUGGAAUAAAGGAGGUGGGAACUUUUUUUCAUAUUUGUGUUCUUCAAGAAUCGUUUAACACCAUUGACAGCUACAAGGAACAUUUCACUUGGCCACUUAUGAUCACAGUGUCACUGUGUAUUUUAAGUUUUGCUGUGCUUGUUCUUAGUUUAAAGAUUGACGAGGUGAACAAGCAUCUUGAUCAGGUGGCACAGGCAAAUCUUGAACACAAACGGGAUGAUGUCAAAAAAGCUCUGCAACUUCUUCUCCGGAACACAAGUGCCCUUGAACAGAAAUGGUUAAUCAGGAUCAUUUUCAAGGAACUUAAAAUUGGUCUCAGCGAGAACUCCGUGUUCAAUGUUUACCAUCCUGAUGCAGUGGAGCUCUACAGUGUCUGCAACAGUUUACCCAAGGUUUGCAUGGAUCUUCAUGAUCGUAGUAUCAGGAUGAAUGAAGCAGAGAUGUCGAUGUUCUCACCAUUCAGACCCAUGCUAGGUCAAAGAGGAGACAUUGGAGAGGUAGAAAAGCUGAUGGGCAAUCAGUCUUUUUACAUAGAGACAAAAAUAGAUGGAGAGAGAAUGCAACUCCAUAAACAAGGAGAUUGUUUUAUGUAUUUCUCACGAAGUGCCAAUGACUACACUCACGUGUUUGGUUCAAACGCAACUGCCGGUGUUCUCACACCUCAUAUUGCUUGUUGCUUCUCGAGUUCUGUUCAUUCCUGCAUACUGGAUGGAGAAAUGGUUGUGGUUGAUAAAACAACAGAUAUAUGGUUAUCCAAAGGCAUGAAUGUAGAUGUGAAAUCCUUCACUACAUAUGAAAAUGGUCACAAUCCAUGUUUUAUUGUGUUUGAUAUGCUUGUUAUUAAUGAGAGAAAACUUGCCAAUGUUCCUCUUAGUGAAAGGAUCAAAUCAAUGGAAAAAAUGUUGAAGCCACAGCCUGGAUAUCUUCAGUUUGUUGAGAGAUGUGAAGUUUCAACAAAGUAUGUACAUGAGUAUAACCAAGAAGACAUUGUACAGGUGUCCAGCAUACUGCUAGNUUGGUUGAAGAUUAAACCUGAAUAUGUGGAUAGUUUAAGUGAUGAGCUCGAUCUGUUGAUUGUUGGUGGUUAUUUUGGAGUUGGUCGCCGUAGUGGAAUGAUAUCUCAUUUUAUGUGUGCAGUGGCUGUGUCGUCCAGCACACCAGGGGAACAUCCUCAAGUGUUCCACUCUUUUUGUAAGGUUGGGUCUGGUUACACUAUGAAUGAGCUGCGUGAACUAGAUCAACAGUUGCGUCCGCACUGGAAUGCAUUUGAUACUAAAAGGCCUCCUGGCUCUAUUAUUCUGGCCCCCGGUUACAAAGAAAAACCAGAUGUGUGGAUAGAGCCAUCCAAGUCAAAGAUAGUUCAAAUCAAGGCUACGGAAAUUAUUACAUCUGAUAAUGUGAGCGACAUUGUUACNAAGAAAAGGCGACGAGAAGCGGCAAGAGUUGAACACACUCGUACUGUAGCGGAACAUUUUAAACCGGCUGAUGUGUCAUCUGUGAAAGAGGUCUCGCAAAUGUUCCAGGACAAGGAGUUUUGUAUUGUUAAUGGUCCUUCCUCCCAUUCCAAGGCUGUAUUGGAAAAGAAAGUCGCUGAGGUCUCGCAAAUGUUCCAGGACAAGGAGUUUUAUAUCGUUAAUGGUCCUUCCUCCCAUUCCAAGGCUGUAUUGGAGAAGAAAGUCGCUGAGAAUGGUGGCACCUUGACGCAAAACCCAGGACCGGACACGUUCUGCAUCGUUGCUGAGAGAAUCAAUGUGAGAGUGAAGAAUAUCAUUAGCCAGAAACAAUUUGAUGUAGUGAAGGCUUCGUGGCUUAUAAACUGCUUGGAAUGUGGUGAACUGAAGGCAUGGCUGCCAGAUGACAUGUUUCAUUCGUCAUCACGGACUGCUGAUAAAUUUGCUGAGGAAUAUGACCGCCAUGGAGAUAGCUACACACAGAAUGCCACGAGUGAAUCCCUCAAGAAAGUGUUCGAUAAUGUCCAAGGAAACAACUCCGCAGUUCCACUAUCAACAGACGAAAUACUAGAAAUGUCACAACGCUAUUUUCCCGAUAAUUCGCCUCUGGGGUUGUUCAAGCAUUGCAGGUAAAAAAAAAAAAAAAA